AUGGAACUUAGCAAUCUACUGAGAAGACUACGCAAAGUGCACUGUAUUCUCUGUGAUAAAAGUACAGCUACCAACUAUGCUUACUGGAUACAGAACCUCGUAGAAAUUUCCAGCUGCUUUGUAACCAUUGUGACGCACAUGUAUAUGAUUUUUGUCCUCAUCUUAGACUUGAUGGUCGCAUGGCCUGGAAAACCGAAGGCACGCGUAAUACUUAUGUUCUUGUUGUACAGCGGGACGCUAGUGAUCCGCCUGCUCAGCAUAGCGUGCGGCAGUGAGGGGGUAGUCCUGGAAGCCAGCCGCACUGAGAGGCUGGUCGGCAAACUGCUGCUGCUGCUGCCACUGCCGGGCGAAAGCAGCUGCCAGGAGCCUCUGCAGCAGUUCAGAGAGCAGCUGGCGCGCAGCCGACUCGGUUAUAACGCCGCGGGGUUCUUUUCGCUCAACGCUUCGCCGUUGAAGAGUCUUCUGCCGGCUGUCACCACCUACCUCGUCAUACGGUGCAGUCCAGCCUCUCUGAUGCCGAGAAGCAGCACGACAAAGUUGGUGAACUCAGUGCUGAAGAAGGAGAUGAACUAG